CUUUCGGCCUUCAGUGGUGGGCGGCGUCUCUCGGCCCGAGGCUCACCUGACGUCACUGAUGCGACGGCACAUCCCAGUAUAUAAGGCGAUGCGUCCCCUUCGGUCUUUAGAUCUCAUCAUCCACAGUCGCCAUGGCUCUCAAGGUUGUCCUGCUGUCAGCCCUAGCGGCCGUCACCCUUGCCCGCCCCGACAUCCCUCCACCCUCUUAUGGCGCUCCCGCUCCCUCCUACCACGCUCCGGCGCCCUCCUACCACGCUCCUGCCCCUGAGGCGCCGCCCAAGUACGACUACAACUACGCCGUCAAGGACGAGUACUCUGGCAACGACUUCGGUGCUCAGGAGGCGCGCGACGGCUACGACACCCAGGGAUCUUACUACGUGCAGCUGCCCGACGGUCGCCUGCAAAAGGUCACCUACACCGUCAACGGCGACUCAGGCUUCGUGGCCGAGGUGACCUACGAGGGCGAGGCCCAGUACCCACAGGAGAGCUACGCCCCCGCCCCAAAGCCCUCCUACGUCCCAGCCCCAGCUCCGUCCUACGUCCCCGCCCCAGCAUACCAGUGAUGCCCCUCGCCCCGCCUGACACUCCUGCUCUGCCUUGGCUAUUUAUUAAACUGAACACAAACU